AUGGACAGCAAUCUUUCAACCUUAAGGAAACUGGGUGUGAGGAAAUGUACCAUUAUUAAAAAAGGAGUAACAGGGGCCUGUCCGUCUUCUUGGUUUCAUCACGGCUCAAGAUGUUUCUACAUCUCCUCGAUAGGUGUCGCUUUUUCAGAGGCGCAGACGAUAUGUGAAGCAAUGGAUGCCAAUCUAGUUGGAAUUCUUAAUGAUGUAGACAACACGUUUUUGUCGAAUUUAAGCAUUGCCAACAUGUGGAUUGGACUUACGCGUGGGACACAUUCGACGUGGGAAUGGUCGGAUGGAUCGCCUCUAACAUUUACCAGAUGGAGCAGUGUUGAUGACGAAAAGUCAAAUCGUAGUGGCUGUGUGUAUAUGGAUCACAAUGGAAAAUGGGUUCAACCUACCAAAUGCGAUAUACCACUUGGAUAUGUCUGUGGAUACGAACAAUCUGGUGAACAUGAUUCCCCUACCACUGUAACAGAGAAGUCAAACCCUUCAACAAUAACAGAGACGCCAAACCAUUCAACAAUAACAGAGACGCCACACCCUUCAACAAAAACAGAGACGCCAAACCCUCCAACAAUAACAGAGACGCCACACCCUUCAACAAAAACAGAGACGCCACACCCUUCAACAAUAACAGAGACGCCAAACCCUCCAACAAUAACAGAGACGCCAAACACUUCGACAAUAACAGAGACGCCAAACACUUCAACAAUAACAGAGACGUUAAAUUUGACUAUCAAAAUGAACAAAACUACGCAGGCAUCGGCUUCAGUAACAAUUUCUAAUAUCAUAUCUGCCACAUUAACAACGGCAUCACCAGUCACAAACACUACCUCGUUCACAACUUCUUUAUCUUCCACAAACCAUGGCACCACUUCACGAGUAGAUCUCGUUACUAGUGCUGGGAAUGAACAGAUAUCAACACGUGCUGGUAGUCAUGCCAACAACACGGGAUCAACCAACCGACAUCAUGACAACACAGUCACUUCAUCUAUUGGUCAUAACAACACUUCUGGUACUCACAACAAAGACACAACUGGUAACCAUGACGAACCAAACACAUCAACGGGUAGUCAUAGCAACACAAACACCACAUCAACAACAUUAAUGAAAGAGACCUACAUACGUGCCAAAAAGAGAAUCUACCAACCAGAAGAAUCCAAAAGUGGGCCAAUCAUAGGAGGUUUAGGAGUUGUCCUACUAACUGGAGUGCUUAUAGUUCUAUGUUUAGCAGAUAGCACUGUGUAUUACCAGAACUUCAAAACUAUGUAUAGAAAUAUUCAAAAAAGAAAUUGUUGCAGAGAAAGAACCAAAAGAGUGAGGACGAACAGUGAAUCUGUUAGUUUAUCUCUUGCUGAAAUUUCCAAUAGUUGCUAA